AUGAAGUUGAGACCAAGCGGUCAGGGCUUCCCAACGCCCGGUUCCAUCCCUGGCCGUGGUCGCCGCGACCCGCCUGCCCUCGCAACUUUCAAUAGCCCUGGUCAUCCACGAAGGAGGCAGCCGCGAGCUCUUCCAGACGAGGCCAAGUUCGACGUGGGUGAAAACAAGGGACUUCCCGGCGUGUCAUCUGCACUUACAGGAACGGUGCCAAGACUUGGAACAAGAGAGUUGAGGAAACCAUGGGAUAUGGAGCUGAUUGACUGGCCCAUCCCUAUCAUCUGGAGACUUCUCUUCCUCCUCUGUCCUCAUCUCUUCCAUCUUCCCCAGCCUGUCCGCCUGGUGUCUGCUUCAAGCCCACGUCAGCCGCAACCCCUGUUGCCCAAGGCUAGGACGAGCGAAGAUCAGACAGGAGAGUUUGAUAUGGGAAAAUCAUUAGAGCGGCCCGUUAGUAUUUUUAGCGCCGACUGCCUCCUCGACUUCUGUUCACAGGCACUCAGCAACUUAGUCAUCCAGAAAUCGAGAGGUGUGGCUGAUGAUAUGUGGCGCAUGGCAUAUGGAGCAGUCAGCCUGCGUCAGCCACAGCACAGCAUAGCAUAA